AUGGGUUCCAUUCUGGAGAACGAGACGCCGAUUCAGGCCGCAGUACCUGGCAUCAUCGAUAUCCGGUCUGAUGCAGCAGGUAUAGAAUUGAAACAGCUCAUCGCUUCGGGUUUGAAGCCACGCGACGGUGGCGAGAAGAUUCUGCCAACGCUACUGCUCUAUGACAAUAAAGGCCUCAAGCUGUUUGAACAGAUCACGUACUUGGAUGAGUACUAUCUGACCAGGGAAGAGAUCACAGUGUUGGAGCAAUAUGCAGACCGUAUCGCGGAGAGGAUCCCAGCAGGCGCCAUGAUGUUGGAGUUGGGUAGCGGGUGAGGUUCGCUAGGCAAGGUAUGCCUAAGCUGCCCUUGCUAAUCGAGACAAACAGCAACCUCAGGAAAGUGAAGAUUCUGCUGGAUGCACUGGACCGAUCGGAAAAAGAAGUCUCGUACUACGCCCUUGACCUCAUGUACUCUGAGCUGGAGCGUACGCUUGGUGCAUCGCCCACUGGCGCUUUCAAGCAUGUGAAAUGCUUUGGCUUGUGGGGUACAUAUGACGACGGGCUUGGAUGGUUGAAGAAGCCCGAAAACGCAAACAAGCCCAAGGCGAUCCUCUCGCUUGGGUCGUCAAUUGGCAACUUCACGCGCGACGAGGCAGCCGGUUUCAUUGCGCAGUUCGCCGAUAUACUUAAGCCUGCGGACACCUUAUUGAUUGGACUGGACGCCUGUCGGAUUCCGGACAAAGUAUAUUCGGCGUACAAUGACAGUGAUGGACUCACCCACCACUUCACGAUCAACGGUCUGCACCACGCAAACAGAUUGCUCGGUUACGAUGCCUUUGAAAUCGACAACUGGGAGGCUGUUGGAGAGUACGAUGAGGAGGGAGGGCGGCAUCGGGCGUUUGUGGUUCCGAAGAAGGAUCUACACGUCGGAGGCAUUGCCCUCAAGGAAGGCGAGAAAGUUCGCAUCGAGGAGAGCUACAAGUACAACCACGCUCAGGUUUGCCGAUCCUCGCCCUAUCUAUCUUGAUCGUUAUCCUGAAGCUGACGCCUCUUUUAGGUAUGGUCUUGCGCUUAUAUGCUGCCCAAUAAGCGAGUUGUGUUUCUAACCGUUCGCUCAGGCGCUGCGACUAUGGGCAGACGCUGGCGUCAUUGAAGCAUCAGUCUGGGCCAAUCACAACGGGUCUUACGGCAGGUCUUUGCCCUUCUGUGGAAGCACUCAGAGCGGCCACAGUCCCGCGGAGUCAUUUCUUAUCUGGUUCUAAACUAAUGAUGUUUUCUUCAGGACUGCAUAUGCUCAGCAAACCAGCCGAGAUGUAUCCUACGAAUCCAGAAGCGUAUGCGCAGCAUCCCGUGCCAAGGUGAGUGGACGAGAAGAUGCAAGGGCUGCAUUCAGGCUCCGUAUGAUUGGCUGACAGGCUUGCUGUCCAUAGCUUGGACCAAUGGCAGGGACUGUGGGCUGUCUGGGACAAGGUGACUAGACAGAUGAUUCCUAAUGGGGAAUUGUACGAAAAGCCCAUCAAGCUUCGCAAUGCUUGUAUUUUCUACUUGGGCCAUAUUCCGACCUUUUUCGAUAUGAAGCUUUGCGAAGCCACGGGAAUGGUGCCGACAGAGCCAGCUUACUUCCACAAGAUCUUUGAGCGUGGCAUCGAUCCCGAUGUCGACGAUCCUGAAAAGUGCCAUGCGCACAGCGAGAUUCCUGAGAGCUGGCCAGAGCUGGAGAUCAUCUUGAAGUAUCAGGAAAGUGUUCGACAGCGCGCAAAGGAUCUGUACCAGUCUGGCGCUGCCUACAAGGAUAAUUGGACCGGUCGAGCACUCUGGCUUGGCUUCGAGCACGAGGUCAUGCACUUGGAGACGCUCCUUUACAUGCUUAUCCAAAGCGAGAAGACGUUGCCGCCGGACGGCACAGUCAAGCCAGAUUGGGAGCAGAUGGCUGCGGAAGCGCAGCGAGAGUCUGUCCCGAAUCAAUGGUUUGAUAUCCCAGCGCAGACAGUCACUGUCGGUCUUGAAGAUCACGACACGCCAGACGGCCCCGUUCGCUACUACGGCUGGGACGUCGAGAAGCCAUCUUACACCACGGAGGUCCCUGCGUUCAAGGCCCAAGGUCGCCCGAUCACCAAUGGAGACUACGCACGCUAUCUCAGCGCCACGAACAGCGAAAUACUUCCUGCUUCGUGGACCAACGAUACCACUGCUCGCCAGAAUGGCGCCAAAGCACAUCUCAACGGUGUCUCGGAUAUCCACGACUUCACUCACGGAAAGGCUGUCCGCACUCUUUUCGGACCAGUGCCACUGAAGUAUGCUCUUGACUGGCCAGUAUCUGCCUCUUACGACGAGUUGAAUGGCUGUGCUCAAUACAUGGGUGGCCGCAUUCCAACUAUGGAGGAAGCUCGCAGCAUCUACGGGCAUGCUUCGGCCAUCAAGAAGCGUGAAGCGACCAAGGCGAAUUCGAAGACGAUUCCAGCAGUUAACAGCCAUCUUAUCAAUGAUGGGGUCCAGGAGUCUCCACCAUCCCAGUCUUUUGUUAACGGCGGCUCCAAUACUGCAGCGCUUCCAGAUCCCAAGGAGCUCUACGUUGACCUUGCACAUGCCAACGUAGGCUUCAAGCAUUGGCACCCCAUGCCUGUCACGCAAGACGGCAACAAGCUUGCCGGUCAUGCUGAGAUGGGAGGCCUUUGGGAAUGGACUAGUUCAGUAUUGGAGAAGCGGGAAGGCUUCGCACCAAUGAAGCUUUAUCCCGCUUAUAGCGGUAUGUUGUGUAACAUGAGUUGCAUGUUGAACGGGUGCUGAUUUUCUCCCAGCCGACUUUUACGAUGGGAAGCACAACAUUGUGCUCGGUGGCUCUUGGGCUACGCACCCGCGUUUUGCUGGUCGCAAGUCUGUGUAAGUCGUCUCUGCUCCGCGUCUUUGUCAUGUCCUAGCGCUAACACGAGCCAGCAUCAACUGGUACCAGCGCAACUACCCGUUUGUGUGGGCCGGAGCGCGUUUGGUCAAGAAUGCAUGA